AUGUCAUACACAUGUGUUCUAUGUUGUCGAACAACAAAAAUAAAUAGAAAUCUACUCACAACAGUAGCUAGUGUUGAUAUUGAAGAAAAAAUAAAACAAGCAUAUGGAUAUAUAAAUGGUAUUUCUUUAUCAAGAAUAAUAUUAAAUGAAACAGUACACAGAGAGUAUUAUGCAAAAUACCAUCGUCGUUACAUAUAUGCAUCAAAAACCAAAAGAUCAUCAACUGAAGUGUCAAAUCGUCGCUUACCAUUAACUGAUUGUACAAAUUUUCAAUGUUCAUCGUCGUCAUCAAUACCAGUAACAUCAACUAAUCAACAUUUUAAAGAAAACUCUGCAAAUGAAACUUGUAUUUUUGUCGCUUCAGAUGACACUUUAUGUUCGAACACAUCAUCAUUUUCAACAAACACAACUGAAAAGAGAUUAUUAUGCACAUUCAAAAUUUAUUCUAUAGCUCAACGAACGGAUGAUGGUGAAUUAGUCAUACGAUGGAUGACAGUACCAGUAGUACCAAAUGCCAUAUCUUUGACUAAAUGUAUGAAAUGUACAAACGGUUGUCAUCGGUGUAAAUGUUCAACUAAUAAUUUAUCAUGUACACCUUUUUGUGGUUGUUCCAUUGAUCAAUGUACAAAUCAUGCAAGUACCCAGAUAAGAUUACAAUCAACAAAAAUAAAUAUGACAAUCAAAUGGAAAAUACAAGAAAAUUUAAAUUGUGAAGAUGAUCAUGAGGAUAAUGAUGAGGAAGUUUCACUUGAAUUUAUUUAUGAUAAUAAUGAUGAUGCUAGUUUCAUUAGUUCAACAAAAACUGAUUGCUUAAAUGAUAAUGAAAGUCAAUCGAAUCUCAUGAAUGUAUCAAGUGAUCUUGAAUCUAGUUAUUGUUAUCAAUCUGCAUAUCAACCUGCAUCAUGCUUAUCUAAUAGUUGCAGAGAUACAAAGAAGAAUCUUACAUCAUCACCAUUACAUUCAACAUUUGAAUCAAAUCGAUUUAGAAAUGCAUGGUCGCCAAUUGGUCCUUCUACAAAUAAUUCAAAUAAACAAAGCACAAUAAUACGAUCAUCCAAAAGAAAACCAGCAGAAUAG